AAAUGUGUCAAGAAAUUUCAGAUUAUCCAAAUAAUUCAAUAAUAAAAUAUAUAACACCUAAAUUUUGUUAUAUAUAUGAAAUUAUUGAAGCAGGUAUUCAGCUAUCUGAAUCUUAUCUAGCACAAACUCAAAAACCAAAUACAUUUUCUAUUCCUGACAAAUCUGAUCCAGAUGAUUUUGUAUGUUCUAAUUUAUUAGCUACUACUGCAGCAAAUGCUUAUAUAACA